CCCCACCACCAUCGUUUUCAGCUUUCUGAUACUUUCUAUACUAUAAUGGGUGUCACAGUUGAGACUUUGAUUCCUGGCGAUGGCAAGACCUUCCCCAAGAAAGGAGACAAAGUCAAAAUUCACUACGUUGGAACACUCAUGGACGGCAAGAAAUUCGAUUCGAGUCGGGAUCGUGGAGCUCCAUUCGAGACUGAAAUCGGUGUUGGGAAGGUUAUCAAGGGUUGGGAUGAAGGCGUACCGAAACUAUCUUUGGGCGAAAAGGCUAUUCUAACCGCUACCCCGGAUUACGCAUAUGGAGCUCGCGGUUUCCCUCCUAUUAUACCAGGAGAUUCGACCCUCAAAUUCGAGGUAGAGCUGCUCAAAAUCAACUGAUUUGUUGAUUUCCCCCAUGCUUUUUUUGCGGUUUUGUGAGGAUUGUGGACGGUGGACGGUUGACCCCUGGCGAAAGGACACUUCUCCACAUUUUACUUUAUUUUCUCCUUCUCAUUUUUCAUUUUCCCGGCUGGGUUAUACGUCUUCGUGUGUUUUUUUUUCUUUCUCCCUCUUUCAUCGUUUUUUUUCUUGUGGCACAAGUUCUCCUCCCCCCCCAACUCCUCCUUCCCCUCUCCCCCAGUUUACAAUCGCAAUUCACGCAAGCAACCGUUGUAUUUCUUGACCAGCCAAUAUAAUGCUACUUACUCCUA